AUACAACCACAUCGAAGCUUCAACUAAUGAUGCUGUAAACCCUGCACUGCCAGUUUUUAUUGAAGGAAAUCAUAAAAUUGUGGAAGGAUGUUUAAGAGGUUAUCGAAGUCAAGGCGUCACAGCGCCGAUGACGUCGCCCUUUCGUUGUCGAGCCCGACGACCCUGGACGAGCCGCCGGGGACGUCGACGUCGACGCCGCGGGACAACUGUCAGAGCAUCAGCCCAGCCGCCCUGCUGAGGGUUUCGAGGACGAAGUACACCAGGAGAAGCUGCGGAGACGCGAGUGCCAUGCAAGCGUUGCUCGCCAGCAAACAGGAACAGGAGCAGGACGUGGCCGAGGCCGAUUAUCAAAUGGUCACGGCCGUUCCUGCGUUCAUCGUCGAGCACGAGCCCGAGAAACAACGUGGCUCGAGUUUCGGAGUCUGGGGGCGCAGAAUGAGCAAGAAAAUAGACUCGUUCCGGCGGGCUGGUUCCCGCGAAACGAUCUGUUCCAUAUCCGAGAGAUCCGACACUGGGAACACCAGCAAUAGCAACAACAACAACUGCUCGGCGGCAAGCAACAACAAUAUCAACGCGAAAACAGACAAAUCACUGCCAGACGCAAAGCUAGACAGCAAGGUGGAAAAGAGAAUACCGGGAACGUUCCACAGAUCACCCUCUCCCUUCAAAUCCUUCUUCAUCCGGAUGGGUUCCACGGGGAUGCUGAACUCUGCGAGGAGCAACAGACGUUCGCAGAACAUCGAGGACAGGUUGAAAACAACCGAGAAGGAGAACCUAUUCCGAAGCUGCAGCACCAGCCAAUUGAACACUAGCCCAACGUACGUGAAGGGUGACGAUCCCUCAGAGGGAAUCGAUCUGCAGAUUUCGAGUCGCAAAGACAAGACCGUGUCCUGUGACAAUCUGGCCGGUCGUCAGAAUGACGAUGUGUUCGACGAACGCAUAAGUGACACGUCUGGCACCCUGUAUCCCCUGGGGAACUCGUCGAUAACGAGCUUCAGCCCUUGCGAUUUCGGACAGUCGCGAAACGAAACGCCAAUGCGGAAGAGCAGCAGCUGUGACUUCAAGGAGGCGAAGAAGUCCAGCUUCCCGUACGCUUUCCUACGAUCGAAACUCUCCGUCCUGCCCGAGGAACGUCACAGUACGUUCGCUUCGAAAGACGAACGACUGUUCAAGACUGCCUCCGAGGAGCACUUCCCCGCGUUGAAGAUCGAGGACUCGUACACUGGAACGACCACGCUGGGUCGACGACGUGCCAGGACCGGGAACCUGGCCAGAGGAAGCCCUAACAAGUCCCAGGAACCGACCACCUCGAAGCCAGGCCGCAACUCGUACACGGAAUUCCGCAAGAACUCGAGCAGGUGCGAGGAGAGGUACAGUUUGAACCCUGGUCACUUGGAAAGGAUCGACGACAAUUUCCAACAGGAGGACACGGGUUGUUACAGCUCGUAUGACAGCAGUCCAAUGUCUCUGCGUGUUACUACUAAUGUCCAGCACCCGGAAGCUGGUCAGGAUAGGGUAGACUUUGCUGGAAGGAUCAAUGAGUCCAGAUUCUCCGAGACGUCCUCGCUGAACGUAGACCUGGACAUGGUGGCCACGUUGAGGAAUCAUAGGCGAAACUCGGCUCCUAGUGGCGAGCAAAGGUUGUCCUCUCACUAUGUCAGUUCGAACGAGUCUGGCUAUGACAGCGAUGGGCCUAGAGGAGAGUCUGCGGCUGCUUCAGAGAACGAAGGACUAAGUCUGAAGUGCACCGAUAGUUCAGAUACUAGCAGCGUGGUUGACUCGGAACUGGAGAAGCCUAUUAGGAGUUCCACUCCCAGCGAGUGUCAGGAACAGGAGAAUAGCAGUGACUUGAGGACGAGGAAGAACUCUGAGGCGGACGCUGUCAGAGCUGGCAAUUCAGAGUUGAACGACGGUAUAGAUGGACUUAGGUGGCACCAAAGUAAUUCUGGAAGACUGCUGCCAAGUAUUCACCAGACGUACGAUGACACUGCGAUGAACUCUCAGUUCCCAGUUUGCGGGAAUGGGCUGAAUCCGCUGCAGAACUCGCCAAAGUCGUUAGAUAUAUCCCCGCACCGGAUGAGACUGCAACAGGACAAGACCAGGUUUCUGAGCGACAUAAUUCAGCCGCCUAAGAGAGUGAGGAGGUGUCGGCUAGUGCAGCUGCACAAGAGAGAUUCGAAGGAAAGUUUGGGCAUCCGUUUGGCGCAGCAACGCUUGGGCGAGCUGCGGUACAUAGUUGUUCAACUGGAAAGUGAUGGAAUAGCGCAUAGGGACGGAAGACUAAGGCUCGGCGAUGAGAUCGUCGAAGUCGAGGGCAAAGAAUUGAGAACGUUAGAGAGCCUGGAGGAAGUGCAGGAGUUUCUGAGAUCCUUCACGGGCAACAAGAUACGACUGAUGACAGCAUAUGAGGAGACGGUGCCGCAGGUGUACGUCAGUCCGCCGACCUUACCUGGGGAGUACGAGUACCUGGAAAACGCAAAGAAUCUUUCCAACCUGUCGUUGAUCGACGGCGAAACGAAGCAGACUGUACAGUCGGAGCAAUCGGGCAAGCCCACCGUAGACGAUGGCGUUCAGUCGUCGAAAAGGCCAGACUUUCUGCCGCUUUCCUGCAUGUCCAAGGAACGAAAAGCCGCAGAGAGUAAUCUGGAGUCGACAACGGAACCGCAGCAUUACUUGACGAGGCACAUUGCCAAAUUCGAGAAGGGCUAUGGCAAGCCCAGCCUAGGCUUCAGCGUCGUGGGUGGCAGAGAUAGCCCUCGCGGUGAGAUGGGCAUCUUCGUGAGGAGGGUUUUCCCCGGAGGUCAGGCUGACGUUUCCAAGUCGCUGUUCCAAGGUGACGAAAUUUUAAGUUUAAAUGGCAAGGUGUUGCGUGGGUACACACACCAAGAAGUAAUCGAAUUGUUCAAAGCAGUGAGGGAAGGUCCUGUUGAGUUAGAAAUCACAAGGAGACACAGGUACCCGAAAAGUACGCAAAAAUCCGCGCCAUGCUGAGGAGGAGGCAAUGUGGACGAAUCUGCCC